ACACAUUUUAAUUUGUCAACCGUGGAAUGUAAUAACUACAGGUUCCAUAAAGAGGACAAAGUUAAGUUCUGUUUACGAAGUCAACAAUUGCAUGGCCCCACUCCAACUGUUGCAUCAAGAAUCGAACAGGCGGGGGCUUAGUACGCACCACCUCGGGCCACCUCGAGGUAUACAAAGCAGUUCUUUAGAAUAUAAUCAUGAAGUUUAUACUAGUUACAGUGAUAUUGGUACACCAAAUAACCGCGGAACACUAUAAAACGAAGCCUAGCUUUGUUAAAACCUGUUCGUUGAUUGAUCCCGAUUUUGACGAUUGCUCUAAAACGGCUGUACAAUUAUUGUUCAAUGCAUUGGGGCCUGGUCUUCCAGAGAUAGAUUUGCCUCCAUUAGACCCAUUAAAAAUACCAAAAAUCAGAAUAUUACAGGGAGAUGGCCCGGUUAAUGUCAACGCAGCGCUUGACGAUGUUACUGUGUCCGGCUUCGGUAAAACCGAUGUUUUACUGAGUCAAGUGGACAGCAAAACAUACGACUUUUACACAAAGGUACGAGUACCGAAAAUAAGAAUUGAAGGAACUUAUGAUUUAAAAGGAAAAAUUUUAUUGAUACCUUUAGUUGGUCGUGGUCGGUGCUGGUUUGAGCCCAGUAACAUGACAAUUGAUAUCGUCAGUGACGUGAAAUUAUAUGAAAAAGAUGGAUUUACGUUCUUUAACGUUACUCAGGUUCAUGUUAAAUAUAAUAUUGGAGUUCUCAAACUGUAUAUGCACAAUCUAUUCGACGGAAUUUCAUCCUUGGAGGAGAGUACGAACGCCUAUUUAAACGCAAAUUGGCGGCCUGUGUCCGAAUCACUACGACCAAUUCUAUCAAAAACAAUCGAAGAUAUUCUACUCGGAUUUAUGCGGCAAAUAUUUCAUAAUUUACCUGCAACCUUUAUGAUAGAAGAUGUGAAAAAUAAUAGUUUAUUAAGCAAGAAGGAUGACAAAAUAUAAUAAAUUAAUUUUAGCGAUAAAACACUCUCUUUCAUACUAUGAAACUUACAAUAAAUGUUAGAAUCUUUCUAAUAGUGGGACAGUAAUAAUUUUGCAAUAAUUUUUUUUUAAAUAGAAGUUACAUUUAUGAAUAUAAUAUUGUUUGUAGUAUAGGUUUCUUGCCCAAUGUGUUUGAGUAGACAAAUGUAAUAUUUGUCUGCCAUUAUGCCUUAAACGUUAACUUUACAUUAAAUUAAAACCCGAAAAUCGUAAAUUGUUAAGGUGCUCACUAACUAAUUAUAUGACCUAAAACUAAGUAUUAUUAUGAUUAAUAUUUUUUGUAAAUAAUGAUUUUAAUAAAUAUACUGAGUAGCUUUAAAAGAGUUUACGUAAAGAUUAUUUUCUUAGAUUCCCUUGUAAUGUUGGAUUUCAUGAUGGCACGUGCUGUUUACACCUGAAGCUUUCAGGUAUUGAUGCCAAGGUCAUGACUCACUAACGUUAGUCAUCCAUACGAUAUUAGGAUUUUCGUUUUAAACCAAUAUCACCAUGA